AUGACGGAAGAUUGUAUGAUUGCGGCUCAUGUUGCUAGAAAACAAGAUGCAAAUGGUAUUUAUGCCAAUAAAGCAUUUAUUCUUGAUAAUAUUAAUAUUGAAAUUCCGAUCGCUCUUGAUACUAGUGAGGCCUUGAAUGUCGAAGAUAUGUUACCCAAAAAUUUGGGGCAGCCUUGUUUUGGAAAAACUUUUGAAAAAUCUAAUUUUAUAACUUUUAUGACUAUGAUGGAUAGAUAUGCGAAACGUAAGGAGAAGAAAUUAUCUGCAGCUUGGGCCGCGCAGUAUACGCGCAUUAAGAAUUUAUUUAUCAAUUGUUAUUUUGAUAAAAACAAAUUAAGAAAAUUAAGGAAAAAAGAUUAUUCGAAAUUAUUAAGUAAUAAGCUUAAGGAAACCUUUAAUAAUUGGAUUAAGAAAAAUAGCGGGAGAUUGUUCGAUCUCAAGCCCUUUGAUGAAUUUAGGCAAUCAGAUUUUGAAAUAAAAUUCUUUUUAAAAACAAUUACGAAGGUAGUAAUGGGUCAGGCUAAUAACGCUGAUAAGAAGGGCCAAGGUAUUUCGGCAUGGUCAACAUUGGCGAAUUCGAUUUUUUGCACAAUUGGUACUGUGAUUGCAGAUAUGCUACCAGAUUCUUUUAAGAAAAUGAGUAGUGGUGUCUAUGACAAGAUCAUUUCAAAGAUUGCUAAAGAAAUGGGUUAUGUAAAUGUCACAGUUGAAGUUAUGGCUGAGGUGAGAGAUAUAUUAGGUUUCAAGAACGGUAUACCAUUUAUCAUGUUUGAUAAUGGUGUGACAACUGAUGAGCGACAUGAAUUUGUGCGAAUAAGAUUUAUUGAGGAAUUCACCAAUUUUAUAUUGGAUGUAUCACAAUAUGAUAAGAAGCAAGGUAUGCCUACGCAAAUGUUGGAGGAUAUUUUGGUAGAAAUGUUUUUCGGUAAUGAAAUAAUGAAAUUAUAUAGAGAAAUGCGUUGUUCGAUGAUUAUGAAUGCCGGAUUUGUGAGGUUCAGGAAAACCGGUGUGAAGGAUUCAGUUUUCUUACAAGCUUUAAAAAUACGCAUGCGGAAUUUAUUGGAAAUUAUCGAUCCAAAAUUAAGUAUCGGUAUGAGGGCUGACUAUGAUUUCCCAAAAUAUGCCGAUUUUUCUGGUGAUUUUAUGACACCAUGGGGUACGAUGCCCGAUCUUCUAAAAAUUUUUUGUAAAACUGUUUCAAGAGAUUAUACAAAAAAUAAAGAACAUAUUGAUCCACAAGAAAGAAUGUCGAUAAAUAUGCGCGGUGUUGAAUCAAGUAAUUCAAUAAUUUCUUUCUUGGAAAAUAUGAGGAAAAGAAAGAAAGUUAAGACUAUACGUGAUGAAUUUGAUUUUGAUCUGAAGUAUAUCGAGGAGAUUAAAUUGAAUUUGCGUGAUAGACUUAAACAUGUAGCCUUUGAAAAGGUUAAUUAUUAUGGAUUUAUUUUGAGGGAUUUGUAUAAGUUACCAAUGGACACCGCUUGGUAUCUUCUUUAUACAUUGAAUUAUUAUAUUAAGGAAAUAAAUCCUUUUUCUUUACAAUCAACCUUUGAGGGAUUGAAUGAUAAAGAUUAUUAUAAUGUUCACGAUCAGACUGAACAUGAACUUAAUCAAAAGAGAAUACAGCAAGCUUAUAAUAUUGUUGAAAUUAACUUUUAA